AUGGACCUCGAUCACUACGGGCAGAGCUCCCAACAGCUCAGACAACGUCGCAAAAGGACCGGGAAGAAGCGCAUGCGCAAUAAGGUCCCGGUCGCCGCUCGCAUUGCUCUAGAUCCUCAGCUUCGUGGCAACGUCGGUGUGCUUUCCGAAGACUUGGCCAACGACCUGUUCGCGGAACCAAUCCUCCAAGGUGUUGCGACCGGCGAUGGCAUUCUCUAUGUUGCGAUUUCCCCACAAACUCCGACAUCGUCAUCUGUGGAGGACCAAGCAUGGACUAUUCUCCCGGUCCGAGUGCAGACGUCCCAUACUCAGAUAGCGCAUUCGACUGUUCUAUUCCCCGAUUCAGCCGACUCUCUCCAGCCGUUCCUCCAAGCGCUAGGAAAAAUUGACUCAUCGCGGAAUUCUUUGCAAACACACCGCUCUGUGGAUAUUCAGAUCUUGGAUGUUGCUCCACUGCAUCUGGAUACCAUCUUCGUCACAGUGGAGCGGGAUCUUCUUCGUAAUCAUGAUGAUGUACAAAGUAAAUUUGGAGGUGGUUUCACGUCUAACGCACAUGGCGCGAACGGAGCCUGGCCUAAAGCCGGAAAAGGUGCAGACUCGAGACGAUAUUCAAAGAAGGCAGUGGCGGAUGCUGAAGUGCGAUUGACGGCAGCUGUACGUGAAGCUUUGGCUAGUCAGCGCAUCGUUCACAUGGGAGAUGUACUCCCACUUCCCCUUCCACCUCAUCCUAUCACCUAUGCGCCAGCUCCGCCGGCGAGGAUCUCAUUCUGUGAACCCGUUUCGCAAGGUCUUUUGAUGCCGGCAACAAAAGUCGUUCUUGUACAAGCUCGUUCACAAGGUCACCGCGCACCUCAAUCGCUUCCUCCGCGACAUGCACUUCUCAAACAAGUUGCAGAAGAUGAAGCCGAUGAUACUUCCAAUGAACAGUUCUACUCCGCCGCGGAAGAGAAGCCCGGCGAGAGCGGGACCGAGAUGGAAAAUCCAUCUGCGGCAGAAGACUCUGAAACAGAUGUCUCCGCUGGUUCCGCUAGUGAUUCAGACGAUUCCCUUGAAGAUAUGAUCUCCCUUUCAGCCCCCGAACUUCCUCAAGCCCCCUCUGGCGUUAUGUCAUCUAUAACGUCAGCUACCCCUCGCGCAGGUGGCCGUCGAGUCGAUGGCGUACAUACCCCUGGUUCUGUCGCUUCGAAUUUUACUUCGGCGACUAUGCGCCCAGGCCGAAGCGGCGGCAAGACUUUCAAAGUCGAAGGCCUUUUGCAACAAGUCCCUAACGAGGUGCUUCACCCUCGACCUCGUGAUGACGAGGACGUCGAUGCCUUUAUCUUUGUCGAUAUAAGCACUCUCGCAAAGAUCGGCUGCUUCUCCGGUGACUGGGUCAGAAUUGAAGCGACCGAGGAGCCCCAGCUGAACAUGUUUGCGUCGCUCAAGUUUGGUAGCUUCCGUGAUUCUCCGGAGGAUGCUGGCGACUGGCGGCCAGCUAAAGUGUUCGGCUUGCCAGGCCUUCCAUCCCCAAAGCCUCGAUAUGCUAUUAACCAUUCAGGCGACCGCAGAUCAAGCUUCUCACAACGUCCACAGACACGUUUGACGCCUUCUGUUUUUGUGCCGCCUCUGCUGUUGAGCAACAUCGACAAUCCUAAGUACCUUCGAAUCUCCCCCAUGACAUUUACGUCGGCCAGUAGCGCCUCGAAAUCAGGCUUGUUGCACCAUAUGAAGAACAGUUCGGCCAAGAAUCCUCCUCUGGCCAAGGAGGUAAACCUUAUGAAGGUCUCGACACCGCUAUCCAUGGACCGGGUUCUCCAACCGGCUCUUUUCGCUGGACUCAAACAAUACUUCGAGUCUCGCCGCCGUAUACUGAAGAGUGGCGACCUUGUCGGCAUCAGUGUUGAUGAAGGGCUUGGCAGGGCAGUGUUCUCCGGUACUGCUGGCGGGAACAACGCAAACCAGGAAGACGAAAUUACUAUCAGAUUGGGGCAAUGUUCCGGCACUGAUAACACUGUUGCUCGUAAGGUUGGUGUCGCUUGGUUCCGUGUCGGACAAGUGACUCCCAUUGCCGUUGAAGAAAUGGAGGAGACUGGCGAGGAUCAAUGGGGUGGUGUCGCAGUUAUCGACCCGACAAGUACUCGUAUGGUUCAGGCUGGUAGCGAUAUCUCCAGGGUCCCCGGUAUUCUGGGUAAUGGUUGGGAGUACUGGCUGGGUGUUAAGACCAUUCCUAAAGCUAUCAGCAAUGGACCAGCGCCGCAUGGGAUCUUUGCGGAGUCACCUCAGCCAUUCGUUGCACCCCUGCAACAACGAAUUCGGGAUUUGAUGGCUGCAGCGACAAGCCCUCGUGCAAUUCAGUUGGGGAUGAAGCCUGUGGUCAUUCUCAUCAAGUCACAACAGCGACACAUUGGCAAGGCGACUGUCGCAACUCGAGCCUGUGCGGAUAUCGGUCUGCACACUUUCCCCAUUGACGCUUAUGAUAUCCUUACCGAGGGUGGCGCUAAUGGCGGCGAUGUCAAGACCGAGGCCUACCUAAAAGCUCGUGCUGAAAGGGCGUUCCACUGCGGCGCAAACUGUACCGCCCUGCUUAUUCGGCAUAUUGAGGUAUUGACCGCUGACCGGAUGGUCACGGCCAUGACAGAGAUUGUCAACGAAGCUAGAGUCAUCAUUGCUACGACAAGCGACGUUGAAGAGAUCCCUGAAGGCAUCCGAAGCAUGUUCACCCAUGAGUUUGAAAUGGGAGCUCCCGAAGAAAAGGAGCGUGAAGGUAUUCUACAGAAUGCGGUCACGGAACGUGGUAUCAAGCUUGCUGCCGAUGUUGAGCUAGGAACGGUGGCGCUGAAGACUGCUGCGCUGGUUGCCGGCGACCUAGUUGAUGUCGUGGAGCGUGCCGCUGCCGCUAGGACGGCCCGUCUUGAGAAGCUUGCCGAGGAUGCCAGCAAACAAGUACCAGACUCACAGGUGUUUCUCCGGGAUGUUCUGCUCGCCGGAGGCGAUAAUGCUCGCGGUGUGACGAAGGCGGACUUUGAUACUGCUGUCGAGGCAGCCCGCAAGAACUUCGCCGACUCGAUCGGUGCUCCCAAGAUUCCCAAUGUUGGCUGGGAUGAUGUCGGUGGAUUGAAUAAUGUCAAGGAUGCUCUGAUUGAGACUAUCCAGCUACCGCUUGAGCGUCCGGAGCUCUUCGCAAAGGGUAUGAAGAAGCGCAGCGGCAUUCUCUUCUACGGCCCCCCCUGGUACCGGCAAAACCUUGCUUGCCAAGGCCAUUGCUACUGA